AUGGAGUCCCCCCUGCUCAAAGCUCCAGUUGGAGCAGGCGCUGCAUGUGUGCAGCAGCCAGCGGCCGUCUCUCCUGGUGGUUUGCAGCCCCUUGCUGAGGUAGUGGAGCCUGAAGACCUGGACAAGGUGGAGGGAAACAAGAGCCAACCUGGACAGUCUGCAGGAGAAAAAGAUGGAAAGGAUUCCAGCUCAUCAUCUUCCUCCUCCAGUAGCUCUUCAGAGAGUGACAGCGAGGAUGACAAGAAGAAGAAAAAGAAGAGGAAGAAGAUCGAAGAAGGAGAGAACGUCUGGUACGACACUGUCAUCAUAUCGAGUCCUGGUGGCCACAUGGAGCAGCAGUGUGCAGACGGUAUGAAGAUAAGCAAGAAUUUCAACUCGUCAGAUGACGAGGAUGACAAGAAGAAAGAGAAAAAGAAGAAGAAGAAGAAGGACAAGAAGACAAAGAAGAAGAAAAAGAAGAAGGAUUCGUCCUCAUCUGACAGUUCAUCCUCUGACAGUGAGGAUGAAAAGAAGAAGAAGAAGAAAAAGAAGAAGAAGAAGAAGAAGAAGGACUCCAGCUCCUCUUCCUCAGAUAGCUCUUCAUCGUCCUCCUCUGACAGCGAGGAUGACAAGAAGAAAAAGAAGAAAAAGGACAAGAAGAAGAAGAAAAAGAAAGACAAGAAAAAGGAUUCCAGCUCCUCAUCUUCAUCCUCAUCUUCUGACAGUCAGGGGAUGAAGAGCAGAAUGAGCUCUGCAGUGUUACUGCUCUUUCAGCUGCCGGAUUCUGGCUCAUCCUCAGACAGUGAUGAUGACAAGAAGAAGAAGAAGAAGAAGAAGGAAAAGGACUCCUCCUCUUCUUCAUCUGAUAGCUCUUCCUCAGAUAGCGAAGAUGACAAGAAGAAAAAGAAGAAGAAGAAGAAGGAUAAGGAUUCCAGCUCUUCCUCCUCUGGUAAUGAAGAUGACAAGAAGAAAAAGAAGAAGAAGAAAAAGAAGAAGAAGAAGAAGGCCAGCUCUUCUGACGAUGGCUCCUCUUCUUCCUCCUCUUCCUCUGAUAGUGACGAUGACAAGAAGAAGAAGAAAAAGAAAGAUAAGAAGAAGAAGAAGGAUAAGAAGAAGAAGGAUUCUUCUUCUGAAUCGUCCAGCGAUUCUUCUAGUGAUGACGAUAAGAAGAAAAAGAAGAAGAAGGAUAAGAAGAAAAAGAAAGACAAGAAGAAGGACUCUGAUUCUUCUAGCAGUGAUGAUGACAAGAAGAAGAAAAAGAAGAAGGACAAAAAGAAGGACUCGAGCUCCGGUCCAUCGGGUUCAUCUGAUGGUUGCAGUGGCAGUGACAAGGAGAAUAAAAAGGACAAGAAGGACAAGAAGAAGAAGAAGAAAAAGAGUUCUGGCUCAUCAGGAAGUGAAACUGACAAGAAGAAAAAGAGUGCAAGCCCUGAUGGCGAGCAAAGCGGCGAGCCAAAAACAGAAGUUUCAGGAUCAGGUGGCGGCGGACUUUCACCCAGUGGCAGCUGCUCUAAGCCUGGUGCUGCUCCUGGCACUGCUACUGUCGUCUCCUUCGUGCCACUCCCCUCCAAGCCUGUUGUGAAGCUGGAUCCUCUUAGUACUUCAGCUUUCUCCAAGCCCUCUGUCCCUGGUUCCUCUGCUCCUGGUUCCUCUGUCCCUGGCUCCUAUGUUACUGGCUCCUAUGUUCCUGGUUCCUCUUUCACUGGUUCCUCUGUCUCCAAGCCCUCUGUUCCUGGUUCCUCUUUCACUGGUUCCUCUGUCUCCAAGCCCUCUGUCCAUGGCUCCUCUGUCCAUGGCUCCUAUGUCCCUGGGUCCUCUGUCCAUGGCUCCUCUGUCCCUGGCUCCUCUGUCCAUGGCUCCUAUGUCCCUGGCUCCUCUGUCCAUGGCUCCUAUGUCCCUGGCUCCUCUGUCCAUGUCUCCUCUGUCCAUAGCUCCUAUGUCCCUGGCUCCACACUGAAUUUUGGAGAUAGGGCCCCCAAUCGCAGACCUCCCAGCCCCAUGGAAUCACUGAUGGGGAGCCCACGGAGGUAUGGAGAGGGAGGGACCCGUUCCACCUCCCAUCUCACCUCUAGUGACCUAUUGAAAGGCCCCAAGCCUUAGCAAUAAUGAGAUGUCAUAGAUCAAAGUACAUGUUACAGAUAUUUUUUAAAAGCACAGCUUAUAUGACACUGGAGGAUGUUGAACGUUAUGAUGAGAUAACCUAACGAUACCCUGAUUUCAUGCAAGAAAAAUAUGAUGACUCAUCUGGUGGAAAACAGAGGUUACUGUGUAAAGACGCAUUGUGUCACGAUGGAAAUGUUCAAGUUGAGGAAUAUAAUUAUACCAUUAAAGAAAUGAUGAUUGUAUUUUUUAUUAAUAAAAAGCACAUUUGUGGAUUUUUUUUCACAAUCACAUGAAAAAAUACAAUGAAAA